UCGAUCCCAGAAUUCUCUGGGGGUGCUGCCGGUCAAUGCAACAUGGCGGAUCCUAGGGAGAAGGCUUUGCAAGACUACAGGAAGAAAUUACUGGAGCACAAAGAGAUUGACGGGCGUCUCAAAGAAUUGAGAGAACAGCUGAAAGAACUUACAAAGCAAUAUGAGAAGUCCGAAAAUGACCUAAAAGCUUUGCAAAGCGUUGGCCAGAUUGUCGGGGAGGUCCUCAAGCAGUUGACAGAAGAAAAAUUUAUUGUCAAGGCAACAAAUGGCCCACGAUAUGUUGUUGGCUGCCGUCGACAGCUGGACAAAUCUAAGCUCAAACCUGGGACAAGAGUGGCUCUGGACAUGACGACUUUGACUAUCAUGAGGUAUCUGCCCAGAGAGGUAGACCCCCUGGUGUACAACAUGUCCCAUGAAGAUCCUGGAAGUGUCUCAUAUUCUGAGAUUGGGGGAUUGUCGGAACAGAUCCGAGAACUCCGAGAGGUGAUUGAAUUGCCACUGACAAACCCAGAGCUCUUCCAGCGUGUUGGAAUCAUCCCUCCUAAAGGUUGUCUCCUUUACGGACCACCAGGUACAGGAAAGACACUUUUGGCUAGAGCUGUUGCCAGUCAACUUGAUUGCAAUUUCCUUAAGGUGGUGUCCAGUUCCAUUGUGGACAAGUAUAUCGGAGAGAGUGCAAGGCUUAUCAGAGAAAUGUUUAACUAUGCCAGGGAUCAUCAACCAUGCAUUAUCUUCAUGGAUGAGAUUGAUGCCAUUGGGGGCCGUCGAUUUUCCGAGGGAACGUCUGCAGACCGCGAGAUACAGAGGACGCUGAUGGAGCUCCUGAAUCAGAUGGAUGGUUUUGACACUUUGCACAGAGUCAAGAUGAUCAUGGCAACAAAUCGCCCUGACACUCUGGACCCUGCUCUCCUUCGCCCUGGAAGGCUGGACCGCAAGAUCCAUAUUGAACUGCCCAAUGAACAGGCACGUCUGGACAUCCUGAAGAUUCACUCAGGCCCUAUUACCAAGCAUGGAGAUAUAGAUUAUGAAGCGAUUGUCAAGCUUUCAGAUGGGUUCAAUGGAGCCGAUCUGAGAAACGUGUGUACUGAAGCAGGCAUGUUUGCAAUCCGUGCUGAUAAUGAUUAUGUAACUCAGGAAGACUUCAUGAAAGCUGUGCGCAAGGUGGCUGAUUCAAAGAAAUUGGAAUCCAAGCUGGAUUACAAACCUGUAUAACGCUGUACCCCUUCCUUCAGGAGUGAUUCUGCUUGCAUGGGGCAUACCUUUAAAACCAAUUAUCAAAACAUAAAGAAAAUGGGAAGUUUGAGAUUUCUGUACUGUAUUUUAUUGGAAAUAUACAGUUGUAGAGUUUAGCAAACCACUAACUUUGGCAAUUAAAGUUAAUACUAUGGUGUUUUUUGUAGCAUAAAACAACAGGUUUUGUUAUUUUCCCCAGGUCCAUGGAAAAUAUGGUUAUCCUGAAAACCUGUCCACUUAAUGUCCUUCCUAUUUUACAUUUUAUGCCAUUUCUAUGUAAUUACAAUUCCAUCAGGUAACCUCAAAGAUGAUUGAAUAUACAAAGGUGUUCAUUGGAUCUGUCAUGUUUCUUUGUCUCAAAACAUUGAAAUUAAAUUUCUGCUGAGAGUAAAGGUAUUGUUUUAUCUUUUAAGAGGCAUGGAUUGUUCUGUUUGAAUUGAACAUUUGUAUCUAUCUCCUAUGUAUACUUUCUAUGAAAUCUGUAUGCCAGGUUGACUUUGUACGCCAUGUAAAAUACAGUCAUUGAAAGUUUCAGAAGCAAAGAAUAAAAUUGAUAAACUUCUGUA